AUGGUUAAAUGCGACAAGGAUCUAGCUGCAAGACUUAUUGCGGAAUUUUUAGGCAGUAUGCUUGUGCAAAGCAUCGGUUGCAGUUACAGUGGUUCGGUAUAUAGCCUGACAAGUCACGUUGCAUACGCAUUCACAUGGGGAGGCUUAAUAAUCGUUGGAACUAUGGCGUUUCGAAUUGUAUCCGGUGCUCAUUUGAAUCCAAUAAUCUCGCUUGCAUCCAUUAUAUUGAAAAAUAUUAAAUGGGUAGAUGGCCUACUGUAUAUGGCAAUGCAAUUAGCGGGCUCCUGUCUAGGCUACUGCAUCGCUUAUGCUAUGUUCCGUGAUCCGCACUUACACGCAAAUUUCUGUGUUACGCAUGUCCUGGCAGACCCAUGGUGGAAGGCUUUGAUUGUCGAAUUUUAUAUAAGCGGUGCUUGGGUUCUAGCUUUCUGUUCAUCGGUUCAUGAAAGCCAUGAGCAACCAGAUGAGUCCGUAUCAUUGAAAAUCGGGUUCGUUGUUAUUUGCGCUACUUUCGUCGGGACACAAUAUUCUCGGUCCUGCAUGAAUCCAUUCCGAUCUCUUUGGCCCGCUCUCUUUUACGGUUAUUAUAAGUAUAUCUUCAUUUAUCUGGCCAUACCAUUUGGGGCUUCUGUAGCGCUGGCCUUUGCUUGGCGUUACCUCUAUUUGUUGAAUGCUGACGAGACUGUCAGCGGACCUGGAGGACCCGACAAGGAUUAAUGACCUUCAACUGCAGUUUUCAAGCCAAAAAAGAACACAAAAUCAAAUUGUCAAAUCGCUCCACCAAAUGCAGAUAUUUAAAUAUUUA